CUGACAGACUGACGCUGUCACUGUCAGCUAUCUGUAAAUUCUGUAUCUGUCAGUUCGGUUGUUAACUCCCGCCGCACGCCGCUGCAUUUUGCCGCUUCUGCAAGUUGAAACUAUCAUUAUUACUUUAAAUUCAUCAUUAGUGUCGCGUUUGUGUCAAGAUUAGAGUAAUUACUCAACAUAUACAAGAUAUAAAACAAUAAACAUGGAUAUUGAAACGAAAGUCAAAGGAGACAUGAAGGCUUUAGGCUGCAAGUCUGAUCUAAAGGUAUCUUUAGCUUACCACCUUUACUUACAUCUAGUGGACCAGAAGUUGAUGUACGACACUGAGUAUUGUUACAAUAAGGACAUAGAUACUCUUUACAUCGUCGCCCGGCCGAGAAGGAACGAGAAACCAAACAUUUACGUGCCGAUACCGACGCACGACGAGAUCACCGUGGAUUUCAUCAACAAAAUACAGGAGAAUCUGUGUACAGUUGAGACGGGGCCGUCUGUGAACCUGGCGUUUGUUGAAGGUGAUCUAACUAUUGUCAUAUAUACAUUUACAAAGGGACUGGUGGAGCGGCCACCGCCGGACAAGGUGGCACAGCUGCGAGUUAGAGAUGGAAGGAGGAACUUCAUUGAUAACGAGUUGAAGAAGAAGAGGAACAACAUUGUGAAUGAUGCCUUGAAUGGAGGAGUUGUGGAUGAUGAUGACUGCCAAGUAGUGGAGUGAAGGGAGUACUGUAGUAUUAGGGGUUUUGUUAACAACAAGGACCAAAGUCCUUGGAUUUCUGAUAUGUAUGUUUGUGAGAUACCACUCAUUGUGGGUGCUCCAUGUAUAAUACCAAUAUAUUCACAUUUAAUUGUCAUCGAGCAAUCAUGUGAUCUAUUCAGUCCAUGUUACUGAACUUUUAGUGGUAAAAUAUUCCUUUUAUAAAUAGGUAUGUUUAAAGAAACCGACUUCAAUCCCCACUUGUUUUAAAUCUGUCAAUUAAUAUACUAAAACUGUCCCUCUUGUGUAACAAAUACUUUUCUGAAAACCGCAUCAAAAUCUGUUCAACCAAUUGAGAGAUAAUUGCACACAAACAUAGGUCAUACUGAGAACUGCCUUUUUUCUAUUUGAAGUCGGUCAAUAUAAAUAAUUAUGUAACAUUCAAAAUGUAUAUUAUUGAAGAGUAAGUGUUUGGAGAUGAAUAUUUAUAUUUUACAAGUAGUUAAUGUUUAAUAAUCCCAAUCAACUAACUUGUCAUGAUAUUUAAGUAAUGACUUUUGUUCUAAGAACUUGUAAAUGCUAAUCACUUUAAAAGUAAAGUACUUUAAAAAAAGUGUGAGUGUUCACUGAAAUAUUUGCUCUAAGGGACACUCACUCAGUAACUUAGGAAUUAAGGUAACAUUCAUAAAUGUUAUGUUUGUCUUAUCACUUUAAUUAUCAUAAAUCACUACAUAGUAUAAAACAAAGACACUAU